UCCUGCUCGCGAGCCAAGAGGAGCAGGGAUAGGGGUCGGAGGCUGGACGGCUGUCUGGGGAAGCUGCCCAGGGGUCUCUUCGGACCAAUCCCAAACUCAGGCGGACCAGAAUGAGGUGUUCUCGGCCCCUGCGGACAGAGGUGGGCCUGGCUGUGGCUCUGGGCACCUUCACCCUCCUCCUCCUCUCAAUCUGCACGUCACCACCCACCUGCCCAGGCCUGAAGGAUCCGCCAGGCACCCUCGUGGCUCUGGUCUGGCCCUCGCCGCCCUCCCGCCCACCGCCCGCCCCCUGCCUGGCCAACAUCUCCAUGGCCGCCCUGUCGGACUUCGCCAGGCAGCUGCAGCACAUCCGCAACUUCCUGCUGUACAAACACUGCCGCGACUUCGUGCUGCUCCAGGACGUGCCGCCUGACAAGUGCGUGCAGCCAGUCUUUCUGCUGCUGGUGAUCAAGUCCUCGCCCAGCAAUUACGAGCACCGGGAGCUGGUGCGGCGCAGGUGGGGCCGUGAGCGCCAGGUGCAUGGCGUCCAGCUGCGCCGCCUCUUCCUGGUGGGCACGGACCCCAACCCGCUGGAGGCGCGCAAGGUCAACCGGCUGUAGGCCAUGGAGGUGCGGAUGCAUGGUGACAUCCUGCAGUGGGAUUUCUACGACUCAUUCUUCAACCUCACGCUCAAACAGGUGCUCUUCCUACAUUGGCAGAAGACACGGUGACAUGCCAGUUUUAUGCUCAACUGGGAUGAUGACGUCUUUGCCCACCCUGACCACCACCUCUCAAUGGGGCAGUUUACCCACAGUGUGUGCCCUGUCCGCCUUCCCUGGAGCAAGUACUGUGUGCCGAAGGUGGUGACAGAGGAGGAACACUACCCGCCCUACUGCGGGGGUGGUGGCUUCCUACUGUCCCGCUUCACAGCCACCACCCUGCGCCACUCCCCCACCCUGGACCUCUGCCCCAUUGUUGAUGUCUUCCUGGGCAUGUGCCAAAAGCAGGAGGGUUCACACAGUGGUAUCCUCACAGCCGGUGUUCAGGCCCCCUCCAGCUGCCUGUCCUCCUUUGACCCCUGCUUCUACCAAGAGCUGCCGCUGGUGCACCGCUUCCUGCCCUACGAGAUGCUGCUCAUGUGGGACGUGCUGAACCAGCCCAAGCUCACCUGUGACAAGCGGACACAGAUCUACUGAGGUGGAGUCAGGGCCCCCAGCCUCGAGGCUACUGUCUCCAUCCCCAUAGAAAGGGCAGCAGCUUCCUCCCCGGAAGCUGAGACCUUUGUCCUCCUAAGUGGGCAGGACCUAGGAGAGUACCAGGGAGGUUGGAUGAGUCUGACCGGUGAAUUCCUACACAUCCUUCAAAACUCACCUAGUACUGCCUAGACCGUGUUCCAUCAUCCUCCCUAGACUCUCAGCUGGAAGGACCAUCUCUUUCCAUGUCAGCUAAUGGCAGAAGCACUUCUGCUAGGGUCCCAGCUGCUGCUGCUGCAUCCAUCCCUUUUCCAUAUCCCACUUCCUAGCCCUGACCUUGAUCAUGGGCUAAAGCCUAAGCAGUGACCAGUCUCUCCUUGGUUGUGAACCUGCAAUGGUGGGUGAAUUCCUGCAAUGGUUCAAGGCCAGUUGAGGACACCUGGGUCCACAUGCAGCUGAAGCAAGAAGGAGUUUUCAGCUGGGAAGAGAGGGUUUCUGUUCUCCACCCCUCCCUGGAUCUUGGACCCCUCAGAUGGUGGGAGGGGCCAGAGAGUCUGGGAAUGGGACCACCCCCUCCCUGCUUGUGGCUUCAAGCGCUCUUAUGGUGGGAACAUUGGGCAGAGGAGGGAGGGAGCUAUCUGUCUCAGGCUAUCGGAGCUCAGAGUUUCUGGAGUCCCUGACAGGACCCAGCCCCACACCGGUGCUCCCCGACAAUACAGGAAAGAGUAUUGGGGCAAGAGGGGUCUUCACUGGGCCCAAGGCCAGCACACACACCUUAGUGCCCAGAGAAGGGGGAUAUUCAGGUCCUUGGGGAACCCUAAGUUCUCGGGACCCAGGACUGGCCCCCGCCUCUGUGUGUCUCUCAGACUGGGGAGAUCCAAGUGAACUGGUGACCCCCAGCCCUGCCACCCUCGGACAGGUGUCUGAGACAGGUUUCACAGGGAUUGGGGCAGUGGUA